GGUCGAGGUUGCGGUACAUAAUAUGCAACCAAACGGUCUCCUUGUUCAAGGUUGCAAGCAGUUUUGGAAAGCAGGGGAUUACGAGAUCAGCGACCGAGGCGAUGCUGCUUCGACUUGUGCUGGCAUAGAUCAUGUCAGGGUCCAUCCUAAAUUUCUACAUUCAAAUGCGACCAGCCAUAAAUGGGCUCUGGGAGCUUUUGCAGAACUGCUAGACAACUCUUUGGAUGAGGAACCUAAACUCGUCUGUAAUGGAGCCACAUAUAUUUAUGUAGAUGUUCUUAAAAACCAGAAAGAUGGAAGUAAAAUGUUGCAAGUUGAAGAUAAUGGUGGUGGAAUGACUCCUGAUAAGAUGAGGCAGUGCAUGUCUCUUGGCUAUUCUGCAAAAAGCAAAAUGGCCAACACCAUUGGUCAAUAUGGAAAUGGGUUCAAGACAAGUACAAUGAGGCUAGGAGCAGAUGUUAUCGUGUUUUCACGUUGUCAAGGGAAUGGUGGACAAAGCCUCACACAAAGCAUCGGAAUGCUAUCCUACACAUUUCUGAGGGGUACCGGAAAGGAAGAUGUUGUGGUUCCCAUGAUUGACUUUGAGAAAAGAGGAACAGAGUGGAACAAGAUGACGCGAUCUUCUCUGCAUGACUGGAAUAGAAAUUUAGCAACCAUAGUGAAGUGGUCACCUUAUGCAAGUGAAGAAGAUCUUCUUAAGCAGUUCAACUCCCUGAAAGAUCAUGGGACACGAAUAAUUAUAUACAACCUUUGGGAGGAUGAUGAAGGAAAUCUUGAACUUGAUUUUGACAUCAAUCAACAUGACAUUCAACUUAGAGGAGUCAACCGAGAUGAGAAGAGCAUAGAAAUGUCAAAACGAUAUCCCAACUCUAGACACUUCUUAACUUAUCGACACUCAUUAAGGAGUUACGCAUCAAUUCUCUAUCUCAGACUUCCACCGAACUUCAGAAUUAUUUUGCGUGGGGAAGAUGUUCAACAUCAUAACAUAGUGAGUGACAUGAUGUUAGCAAAGGAGAUAACAUACAAACCCCUGCAUCUUCAAAAAGAUUCAAAUAUGGUUGCCCUCGGGACAAUUGGGUUUGUAAAGGAUGCCAAAUCUCAUAUUGAUAUUCAGGGGUUCAAUAUUUAUCAUAAAAAUCGAUUAAUUAAGCCAUUCUGGAGGGUCUGGAAUCCUGCGGGCAGUGAUGGUCGCGGAGUUAUUGGUGUAUUGGAAGCUAAUUUUGUUGAACCAGCUCAUGACAAACAGGGCUUUGAGCGUACAAUAGUGCUUUCGAGACUCGAGCAGAGAUUAAUUAAAAUCCAAAGGAAAUACUGGUGCGCAAACUGCCAGGAAAUUGGUUAUGCUGCAAGGCGACUUUCAGGUGUUUCUCCAGACAAAGAAUCUUUAGCAUCUUGCAAAGAGAAAUGUAAUUCCCGCACAAAUCAGAAUGGAAGUGGUUCGCCAACUGGGGGUUCUAAACCAAAGUCCACUGUGAAAUCUAAUAAAAGACCACGUCCUGUAGACUCUGCAAGCGAAGAUGAAAGUUUUCAUGACACAUCGCCUUCUCGUGAAUCUGACCAAGACCCCACAUCAAAUUCAAAGAUAGCUGCCACAAUCCCAGACCGACAAGUAUCCUCUGAUGAUCAUUCAAAUAGUCUAACCAAAUCAAAAGAAGAGAAUGGCAAUUCAAGGAAAAGUUUGAAGGAGCUAGGCAGUCUACAUCAGAUGACUGAACUGCUAAAUGAUUUACAGGAUGAAAGAGAGAGGCGUAAAUCACUUGAACUUCAACUUCAAGAGGAACAAAGUAAAAUAGAAGAGCUGGACCAAGAGCAAAUAACUCUGAUUGAUAUGAUCUCGGAAGAAAGGGGCCGGAGAGAUGCGGUGGAGAAGAAUUUGAGGAAGAGUUUAAAGGAUGCAUCUGAGACCAUUUCUGAGCUGCUUGAGAAGGUCAAGGAGCUAGAAGGCAAGAAGGGUUGA